CCCCCCACAGGAAGGGCGAGUGGGGGAGGGGCUGGCACGGCGCGGAUCGCGCUUGUUUAGUUGUCUCCGCCCUCGGCGCUCGCUUGUCCCUAGCGUGGCCCCGUACGGCGCCCUCAACUCUUUCGGCCUGUCAUGGAAGGUGCCGGGGCCCCCUCGGAGACCCUGCGCUACGUUGAGUACGCGAGGGUCCCCGGCGGCGGCAGGCAGGGUGAGCCCGACACGGACAGGGGGCUGGCCAGAACUAUGAUGGCAGUUGGCCUGGGUGUUGCAGCUGUUGCAUUUGCAGGUCGCUAUGCUUUCCAGGUCUGGAAACCACUGGAACAAGUAUUCACAGAAACAGCAAAGAAGAUUUCAACCUCUAGUUUCUCAUCAUACUAUAAAGGAGGAUUUGAACAGAAAAUGAGUAGACGAGAAGCUAGUCUUAUUUUAGGCAUAAGUCCAUCUGCUGACAAGGCCAAGAUUAGAACAGCUCAUAGGAGAAUCAUGAUUUUGAAUCACCCUGAUAAAGAUUCACAGGAUUUUGUUCCUAACCAUCAUAAGAAAAAGAUAACUGACCGCUGGCAAUAUAAGGUGUUGAGUGGAUCUCCAUACUUAGCAACAAAAAUAAAUGAAGCAAAAGAUUUGUUAGAAUCCAGCACCAAAAAUUAAUGUCCAAGGACUUCUGUGAUAGAACUUUUUAUAUAUUCCUUUCUACUGGAAAUCCUGUAGAUAUAUUGUGCAAUAGUUGCGUGCUGCUCUAUAUAGUUGCAUAACACUGGAUCAAAUAUUCAGUUAUCUAUCUUCAUUAUUAAAGAUCUAAGACUAUUUAAAAAGCAAACUGAUACAUUUUACAAUAAGUCUCAUUUCUAGUAUUUUUUUCCCCCUCAAUCUGUUUUGACUCUUUGGAAGCAUUGAAGCUGGUUCUUCAUUGACUGUUCUUUAAAAGUGGUUUAUUACAGGUUUGUGCAAUAGGGCUGGACUUCUGGAACUUAUUUUUUUAAAAUGGAAACAUUUGUCUGUAUUAUAAUAUAGGCUUUAUUUAUUUAUAUAUUUAUUUAUUGACUUGAUAAUGGUGAUACUGUAUAGCGCUGUCACUUGAAGUGGCUCUAGAAGGUAAAACUCAAAGGCUUGCCACAUGUUGGAUUCCUUUCUUUUGAUGUGCAGCAUAGAUGCCAUUUCAAAGUUGCUGGUUGGGACAAAAUGACUUGAAAAUUACGCCAAAAUGCUGGUUUCCUUAUCUCUGUAUUUGAGGGACGUAGAAGUGUAAAGGAGAAUAUCGGCCUGAUUUUUUUAAAUUUUUUUUUAAGGUGCUUAGACCUUUUCCAUGUUAAGACAGCUUUGAGAAAGAUAGCUUUCCUUAAACUCACUGUCUGUUUAUGCCUCACUGCACUGCUGGCCUUUGGGAAAACCAGUGCCACAACUCCCUUUGUGAGGACUCGAGAUCAGUUUACAAAUAUAUGGGGCAGUGGCAUUCAAGAUUCAUUCAUGGUACUAGUGUGACUGUAGGUUCCCCCUCAAUCAGCUGCCUGCAACCGAGCUAACUCCUCUGAGUAGCCCACGUGACCUCUUCCCACAAGGAGGAGCAACAGAAUUCCAUGAGAUGUCAUCCUAGAAGAUUAAGAACAGGAGAUUCCUGUUUUCUAAUUCAGCACUGACUAGCAUCCCUUUUGUGACCGUGGUCAACUUAUUUAAUUGUUAUGCCUUAGUUUUCUCUAUAAAAUACUAGCCAGAGGGAAGAGAGUUGGGACAAUUACUGUUGGUAACAUGUAAUGUGGUAACAUUCAGUAGAAUACAGAGUGCCUAAUGGUCCCUAGGUAUCCAUCUUACUUGGACAGUUUUUUCCUGGGAGAACUCUUGGGUUUUUUGUUUGUUUGUUUGUUUGUUUGUUUUAAAUAUUGGCAGCUAACCACAACCCUCCACAGCUGGGCUCCACUUCUGUAACUAGAAGCUCUGGGGUGUCUUGUCUUCCCAUUCUUUCCUAGACACCCACACUUUUGUGUUAAAAUGUGUCAGUUAAGCAGAACACAGCCCCAUUAUACUAAUCUUCCUCAAAAUCCUUAGAUUAGUCCUCUAUGUAGCGCAGUGAUCAUGGUUAAUAGGAGUCUGAUGAUGGGGAAGAGUGUGAAACUGUUUUGCCAGCCCACCCAAAAAAAUGCUAAGGCCAGCUCUGAAAGAAACCUUGAAGGUUAGGUAAUCUAGUCAUGCUUCCUGCCAGUCACAGAUGCAGGAUGUGUACGAGGCUGCGUGGAUUAACUUAGAUCAAUGUGAUGAAAAUCAUGAUUUAAAUCACCAAGUCAAAAGCCUCAAUUUAAAUAAUCGAUUUUAAUAAUUUUUCCAUUUCUACUUGCUUUCUAAAGAGAGGUGCAUUUUUAUUGGUUGGUAUAACCAUUAAAACAUGUUGAUUUUCAAAUUAAUGGAGCCUUUAUACUAAAUUUGGUGCAUCUUUUUCUACGUGCAAACACAGUAUAACAAUGUACAUUUAUUUAAGCAAUUAUAUAGCUUAAUAUUUGCAGUUUAACUUCAUUUUUAGUAUGUCAGAAAAUGGUGAAUGAUAUGAUAUAUUGCUUUUGUACGAGAUAAUUAACUUUUGGUCACUUUGUGUCGAGCUGAAUUAGGAGGGUAACUGAAAUUUAAUUAAACACAAAAUAGCUGUAACGUUUAUUUUUAUUAAACAAAACAACCUUAAA